CCUGACCUCCCCCUCCCUCCUCUCCCUCCAUUUGUACUCGAGGAAGAUGGUUGCCACUGCUGUGGGCCUGUUUUUAAUGUCGCACGUCCUGCCGUAGUCCCACAAGAAAAGAAGCCCUGCGUUCAGCUGCAGAAUGCUGCAUCACUCCCCUGAAGUGGCCCGUCUGUAUCAGACGGAGUUUAUCCGGAGUGCCCGGGCGGUGGGAAUGCUGUGGGCCAUCUGCACUCUCUGCUUCGCUGUUAUCGAAGUGGUCAUUCUCAUCCAGCCGUCCUGGGUGGGCACACGAGAACUGCACUACAGAGGCGGGGGUCCGGCCCCUCUGACCGGGACCCUGGGCCUUUUUGAGAUCUGCUUGGACACGGAUUGGCCCAACCCGGAAUGCCGGGGGUCUCUUCGCACCCUGACGCCUCUGCCUGCGUUCCAGUCUUCCGCUGUCCUGGUGUGCAUUUCUCUCACCAUGGUGUGGGCCAGCGUCGGCUGUCUCUCUCUCUUCAGGUUCUGUAAUGCAGCCACCGUCUAUAAAAUAUGUGCGUGGCUGCAGCUGACGGCAGGGUUCUGUCUGGCCCUGGCGUGUGUGUUGUUCCCUGAUGCUUGGGCUUGUGCUGAGAUGAGGGCUCUUUGUGGGCAGCGUGUCAGCAGUUUCUCCCCGGGAAACUGCUCUGUUCACUGGGCUUACAUACUGGCCAUGCUGGGGGUGCUGGAUUCUGGUAUACUGGCCACACUGGCUUUUGUUUUGGGAAAUCGACAGGAUGCUCUGCUGCCAGAAUAUGCCAAGGAUGGAGAGGUUACUGGACUGUUACUGUCAGCGUGAACCAGACACAAGCUAUCAGAACCCACUGAUGGCCGUUUUAUCAUCCUGUUGUCAACAUCUCUCCAGACAAAUAAUGAUGACAAAAAGGUGCUAUGAGAUGCUUCUCUCUUCCACCCGAGCAUUACGUCAUCAUCCUGUGAAUUCUGCUUACAUAAGCUGUCUGCAUAGAAACGGUCACCAGGCAACUGCGUCUUUUCACUCCGAACGGAGGAACCUUCCUCUGGUUUCGUGGUGGUUUUUAGUAGAGCAGAGAACAGAAAGAGGUCACAGUAUUUCAGUUUCGACUUAACUACAUUUAUGCUGAGUGUAAAUGAUUUUUGAUUAAUUUCUUGGGAUGCACAAACAUAAACCAAUGUGAUUUGUGUCAAUAAUGUGAUGAAUAUCUUGUCAACGAUCAAAAUGACUAUUUUUAUGUCUUCUGUUUUAGAAAUGUCCUGUGCAUGAAUACACUUUGAUGUUUUGUUACGAGACGUGCGAAGAACACUUUUUCUGCAUUUGUCAGAUUUUAAUGUUUGUUUCAGUCUUUACCUUUAGUUAACAGAUAUUUUUUAUAAUCUUGAAUGUUAGUGACUGAUAGGCUAACGUGUACUGAUCUAAAACCGCAUGAACAGAUGUGUUGUAUUUGCAUUUUUCUUCAAAUGCUGUAAAUUCUAACCAUAGUCUGGUUAAAACAAUCUGUUGUUUUGUACAGUUUAGAUUUUAUUUGAAGAUUCCUUCCUUAAAAUGCUCAUUUACCAUCAUUUUACCAGCCCUUAUACGUUCAAUCUUGAACGUGAUUUGAGAUUUUUGCUUGCACUUACAUAAAAGCAAAACAAAACAUUUGUGUUGACAUACAUUUUAUUAACACUUACAGUGAUUGUGAGGAUUGACAGAACGUACAGUGCAGAGAAAUGUAUUUUCUAGACAAGGUUUCAGGACUGCAUGGAAACCAAACAAGCCAGAGCCACGAUUUCCGUCACAAAUUCACUGCGUCACUCCGAUUACAAACCCAGCAGGCACCAGGUGGGACAGAAAACCAGUUACUAUACGACAACCAGAUUGAUUUCAGGACACACAUCUCACUCUUCACUGAGAAGCUGGAACUACCACAACCAAUAAGAGGAAAAGAAAACCGGAAACUCACUCUGUAAACGCGUCAUCCGGCGCAGAUGAUCUGAAUGUGUUGUGGAGUUUAAACAUGUAGCAGUUGUGAAUGUAUCUGUUCUGUUAUGCAAUAAUAGUGAUGUUGCAAUAAAUCAUUCCAGAGA